AUGGAGACUUUGCAUCCACUACUCUCUCACGUGCCCACUUCUGACCAUCGGUUCGUAGUUCAAGAGAUGAUGAACUUGCAAAGCUCGAGCUGGACUAAAGAAGAGAACAAGAAGUUUGAGCGAGCCCUCGCUGUUUAUGCUGAUGACACGCCUGACCGUUGGUUCAAAGUUGCUUCUAUGAUCCCUGGCAAAACCAUCUCAGAUGUCAUGAAGCAAUACUCCAAGCUUGAAGAAGAUCUCUUCGAUAUCGAAGCAGGACUUGUCCCCAUCCCUGGUUACAAUUCAGCUACUCCUUGUGGAUUCGAUCAGCUCGUGAGUCCCCGUGACUUUGAUUUGUAUCGUAAACGGCCUAAUGGAGCCAGAGGAUUUGAACAAGAGCGGAGGAAAGGAGUUCCAUGGACGGAAGAAGAACAUAGACGAUUCUUGUUAGGUCUUCUCAAGUACGGGAAAGGGGAUUGGAGAAACAUAUCGAGGAACUUUGUGGGAUCGAAAACGCCUACUCAGGUUGCGAGCCAUGCUCAGAAAUACUACCAGAGACAGCUCUCCGGUGUCAAAGACAAACGUCGGCCUAGCAUUCACGACAUCACCACCAUCAAUCUUCUUAAUGCUAAUCUCAGCCGUCCGAUGUCUGAUCACGAUGCCGAUCCGAAACUAGGGUUCACGAACAGGGAUAAUGCAGAGAAGGGAGUGAUGUUUCUUGGUCAGAAUCUUUCCUCAGUCUUGUCUCCCUACGACCAUGUCGUUAAGUCCGCCGGGGCAAAUGAUUAUGGCUUUUGA